GCACAAGUAACCGUUUCCUUGAAGUGAUGAAUACUACUAUUUCACGUUUUGAUGCAAAAGGCCAACAAAGAUAUACUCAGCCUAACUUCAAUGGAUGACGAAUUGCACUGAAAACAACAACAACGUGAGUUCUUCUUCAUCACCAACACCGACUGAAGUGCCUGAGAGUUUUUCUGCUUUUGAAAAUUUGGUUGCACUCAAGCGUGAACUCGCUGAACUCAAUCAAGGAAUUCGGUCUUAUGUUUAUAGACGAGGGAGGAGAGUCAUUGAAAAUUGGGGUCCACCAAGGUUUUUUAUUCCCAACAAUGCCCUUGAGGACAAUAUCAGUAUGUCUGGGGAUGAGAAAGAUAACUAUUCGGUGUACAAUCCAACUGAAGUGGAUGAUGAUUCUCAAUCGACUGUGAAGUGUCCUGUAUGUGAUUUUGACAUUGAAGUUGCUGCACUUCGUGACCGUUCUGAAGAUGGGAGUUAUGAGGCAUAUUCUAUGAUUUGUCCUGUGUGCGAUGAAAAUUUAGGAGAGCGUGUAAUGAGGAUUGUGCAGAAUGCAAGCUCGCGUAAGCGAGCUUGGAAGUCGGAGAAAUACAGCAUCUGGUCUGGUCACGCGGCAAUGGACGACAAGAAACAUGCUUCCUGGGGAAACAACCAUGAACCAAUGUCUGGUUCACUUUUGUCACCAGCUAUGGACAAUGUGUCUGCUCCAAACUCCAAUGAUUUUCUGUCUGAUGAUGAUACUAUCAGCAAUGCCUCAGACAUUCCCAUUGCAAAAAGCAUUGCAGCAGAUGCACCGGAAGCACCGGAUAGCGUUGAUGAACAGGAUGUUCAAGAGAGACGUGUCAGGGCUGCUGUAGUUCAGGAGCUGGUGAUGUCAGCUAUGUUCUUGGAAUAAAUAAAUAAAAAAUUAGAACAGAUAGUACUCAUGCAUUGGCAGGAGCUGCUUAAUUACAUUUUCAGAUAGCUUUGAUGCUUCUAAAAACAGUCAUUGAGUUUUUUUCUCUUUCUUUUUGGUGGUGCAUGAGUUAUUACUAUAGGAUAUCAAACCUUUAGCAUAUUGGACAGCUAGUAAAUUGGAUGUUUGGUUUUAUUGGAUGGUUAUUGGACAAUUUGAUUUUAUCGUAUAUUUUGCGGUCUA